AUGGGAGCCGGACCUCGAUACCCUUAUCCGAAGGAGGUGUGGUCGCCAGCAGGUGGCUGGUGGACUCGCCCGAACAACUGGGUGUCGAAUACCGCGGUAUGCGCUGUCGGUAUCGCGCUGGCGACAUACGGCGUUUGGACGUACAGCGCUGACCGCGAAUGGAGACACAACGCGCCCACCAAACCGAUCCCUUCGAUGAAAUGGGCAAGACAAUUCAAGGAAGGUCAACUCUCGGUCAAGGAGCCUUGA